AGCAAAAGAAAGAAUUUUUUUUUAGUGUUACAAAAAAAAUAUUUAAGACACACAAAAAUCGCAAGUGAUACUAGAGACUGAAGACUUUCAUUGACAACAACUGAAAUUCAUACCAUUAUUGCGUGAAGCAUUCAAUAUGGGUUGCUAAGCGACAACUGUUCUCCAACAAUGGAAUGUAAAAGUAUGUUUAGUUAAAGUUGCAACAAGCGAUAUACGUGUAUUUUCUGAAGUGAACAACUUCGUUUGGUGAUUUCGAUAUCUGACUUUAUGAUAGAAGAAAAUAUUGUGAAAAGGAUUCUUACGGAAGAUAACGCAAAUAUGAACAUACCAGGCUGGCACUCCAUACAGGAAUUCUUAUUGACAAGUAUUCGCGGAGUGGAUCACACUCUGGCCGGUAACGGUGGUGUGGACUGUUACGAUUUUUUGACGUUUAAACAAAGACUUUUGGAUACCUGUGUGUUCACUUUACUCGCUGGUCUGUUUAUCGCGCCGAGAGUUUUACGAAAUUUAUCAUUACCAAAAGAAUGGGAAAUCAUGAGUAUGUGCCAGAAGAAAACAGCGCAAAGGAUUGUCGGCUUCCGUAAAUUUUUACUAAUAAUUUUAUCAGUUAUUUUGGGCAUAGAAAUUGGUUACAAAAUAGCUUCAGAGUCUUGGAUAUAUUUGUUGAAUCCUUGUCACGUGAUCACUGCUAUUCAAUUGUAUCUACUUAGCGCUGAACCUAGUAGAAGAUGUACUGCUAUAUUUAGAGUCCACAUACAUCUGCUGUUUGGAUGUUUCUUAGCUUUCGUUUUUCCUAUUCUUAAUACACGUGAGAAACCUGGCGAGCAAAUGAUAUAUUGGCUGCAACAUUUUUUAAUCACGUUUGUCGUUCCACCUUACUUGAUACACACUGGUGGUGCCUAUAGAUGUGAGCCGUUAAAAGAUUAUAGCUGGGUCUUACUGACUAUCCCUUUAUUUGGAUUUUAUAUGUAUUACGUGCUGCAAUCCAUCGGCAUGCUUACUUUGGUCAACUUAAAUAACAUGCUAUGUCCAGCUAUCUCUGAUCCUUUUUAUGGACCUAACUAUCGAUGGUUUGCUAUGGUUCAUCAACAACUUCUUAUUUUGUUAUUCGGUAAAGUAUAUACGUUCUUAGUAUAUGCUGGCUUAAAGCUAAAAGAUAUUCGCAAACCGAAAGAUAAACCGGAAAAAGAAACCAAAUUUUAUGUGGAGACAUUUUUGGAUGAGAAUAAAAACAAAUGAUUUCUAUGUAUGAUUUUUAGUAAGUUAAGUAACCAGUUUAAGAUGUAUAUUUUAUUAUAAAUUCGUGUGUGUUACAUGAAGAUGCUGUCAGUUAAAAAAUUUUUUCUCGUCUUUUUUUAUUAA